UUAGCUUAUUUUCGAGGAACAUUAUAAAAAGAACACACAAGUCUAGAGCAAUUUGGUUAAGCACACGUCCGCGCAUUAGAUUCUAUAGGAUUUUUGUUUGUGGAAAAUUCUGUAUUUGCGUGAGCAUUGAACUAUAUGUCGUUUAAUUUGUAAUUGCGCCGCACUCGGUAGCAAUGUCAACUGCGCUGGCAGCGGCGGCAAGUGCAACCAGCACGUCCACAACACAACCGCCAGCACCGAUCGCAACAGCAGUAGCAGUAGCAGCAGCAGCAGCAGCAGUAGCAACGACCCCAACAAAAACGGCCACCAUGUUGCUGGAGCCCAUGCCGCAGUUUGUGGAGCAAUCCUACACUGGAAACAAUGAGACGAGCGCAAGUCAGCAGCAGCAGCACCACCACCUAGAAGAAGAUGAGGAAGAGUUGCGGUCAGAGCAGCAGGCGUUGAAUGUGUAUACUGACUCGGAAAAUAACUCGGAGUUUCAAUCGGAUUAUCUAGAUCCAAACGAGUUUCCGCUGCCUGGCGAGAGCAGGAGAAGGAAGAAACUGCUCCCGAAAACAAUCACGCAUGUGUUGCCGCGACCGCCCGGCGGCUACAAGUACUCGAUGGGCUUCCUUUAUGGCAUUGGUAACCAUAUGGCUGGCGUUACUCUCGAUAUACCCACGCCCACAUCCAUAACGCCGCGUACGCUGCGCACAUCGCCACCGCCGCCCCUGCCCCCUGUCUUGCCGCUGAUGCCACGUUCGGGAAACGCAUCACCAAGCACGGCUUUUGGCGCUGCAACAGUUGCCGCCGCAGCAGCUGCUGCAGCGGCGGCUCCAGCGGCAUCCGCUGCUAUCAAUGCAAAUCUCUCGACUCAGCCGCAGCAAUUCUUGUGCCCUGGGUAUACGGGUCCGCAACGACAUUUGUGGCAUGCGGAAAAUGCCGUGUGGCAAUUCGAUCGCAGUUAUCCGUACAAUCAGGUCUUUGGCUCACAAUAUGGCAUACCAAUGAUGCCGCUGGGCUUCGAUCAUCAUUCGCAUGGCGCACAGCGUUUCAUGUUUCCCAAUUACAACUAUAAUAAUCCAACAGCAGCAAUGUCACGUGGCGGCAAUUAUCGUCGUGGCACAUCAAAUCAGGUAACUGCCGCCGAGCAGCAACAGACACAACAGCAAUCGGCUAAUGCCGAGCAGGUUGUUGCCCCACAGGAUGGUUAUACAAAUAUUGGCCACAACUAUGGUCAAGCUGAUCGCUUCAAUCGUCAACGCGAGCGCUUUGGCCCGGGACGACAUGCUCACAAUCCGAUGUCCUUUGCCCGCGAAUCGAAGACAUUCUACAAUAGCAAUAGUAAUGGGACAUCGGGUGCUCCGGGCACACGCAUUCGUCAUCCUUUUGAUCCACGCACAGGUUUGCAGCCGGUCAGCAAUAAUAACAUGAGCCGACGCGGUGGCCAUCAGAACAACAACCCUAACAACAACCACAACGGUUUUCAAUCGGGCAGACAGCCAAAAAGUUCGAGGAGUCAACAACUGUUAGCAGCGCGUAGUUCACAUUCAUCGUAUUCGGUGUCACCGUCGUCCUCCAAAACGAAAUUCGAGCAGCGGGCGGAGACCAGCUCCGGAGUCUCUCUCCCCACCACCGACAAUCAUCAGCCGCGCAGUUAUCGCAAUCGAGCCCGCUAUAUGAAUCUGAAUGCACAGCAACGUGGUCAGCAACUGGCAUCAUUUGAUAAUCGCAUGCCAAGAUUUGCCAAUCCGAUACAGCAAGCGCACUCCUAUAAUUUUACACAAUUGGAUAAUGCUGUUGGCUAUUCCCUGCACUAUGUAGAGGCUGGACAGCUUGCUGCGCUUCAGGAACAGGAUGUACAGGGCAUAUCAGCCACAAGCAGCGGCACCUCUGACGGAGAAUAUGCUGGAAAUCCGAUUAAUGCCGAACUCUUAUCGGAUGCAGAUGCACAAAGCAAUAGUUUACCGAAUCGCGGUGGCGAUUGCGAUACACAAUCCUUUGAAAGUUUUCCCACUUCGUCCAGUGAUAGCACGGAGAGUGAGCAGAGCGAUGCUUCGCUGAAAUCCAUGGUCCGCAAGAUAACAAUGAGCUGUUUGGCGCUGGCCACAAGUGCCCAAAUGCCGAAACUGAAGGGACCCAAUCUCAUACCCUUCGGGGACAUGCGUCAUCUGCGUGAGUCUGAGUGCAUGGGACCCCAGAGGAUACGGAAUGGAUUCAAGUGCUCAUCGCACUGCUGUGGCGAUAUGCUCGUCGAGCCGAAGUCACAACCCUUGCACAGCAGCGAUGGCGUCGAUAAUAAUUCCUUAGAGUCAUUAGCCUUAUCCUGCUCACCCUCCGCUCAUUCUAGCAAUACGGUUCUCGCUAACUCUAAUCAGGUACACAUUGAUAAGGAUGAAGCGUCUGUGGAGGAUCAGCCGCUGACCAUGCAGAAUCGCUACUGGCACGAGUUCUUUGGCUAUACGCCAGCGGAUCGAUUUCUCACGCGUUGCAAACACGUCGAGAUGAAGCGUCCGCCCUGCUCCGAGUCUAUUCGCCACAAAUGGGACUCACUCACGCUGAACAUUUGGCAAAAGUUUCGCGAGGCGCAACAAACGCGUACCAUAUUCAAGACCAAGAUGCGUCUCUGGCGCUUCAUAUACAAGGUGACCAUGGCCGUUUAUCCGCGCUAUGGUGUCUAUUUGGUAGGCUCAUCGAUUUCAUUUUUUGGUUGUAAGUGCUCCGACAUGGAUAUUUGCAUGCUGGCCUGUACCAAUGCCAACAUGGAUACACGCACGGAAGCCAUUUACCACUUGCAACUGAUGCGCGAAAUGUUGAAUGCCACCGAACAGUUUCAGGACUUCAAUCUGAUUGAGGCACGUGUGCCCAUUUUACGAUUCAUGGAUCGGCGUCAUAACGUCGAGGUGGACAUUAAUUUUAACAACUCGGUGGGCAUACGGAAUACUCAUCUGCUGUACUGUUAUUCGCAGCUGGAGUGGCGCCUCCGUCCCAUUGCGCUGACCAUUAAGCAGUGGGCGCAGCAUCAUAAUAUUAAUAAUGCCAAGAACAUGACCAUAUCCAGCUACUCCUUGAUGCUGAUGGUUAUACACUUUCUGCAAGCUGGCGUUAAUCCACCGGUGUUGCCCUGCCUGCACAAAAUGUACCCGGAGAAGUUUUGCAUAUUGCAACCCAAUGAUUUUGGUUAUGUGGACAUGAAUGAGAUUAUGCCACCAUACAAAUCGGAAAAUCGUCAGUCGCUUGGUGAGCUGCUGCUCGGAUUUCUGCAGUAUUACAGCAUCUUUGAUUACGGCAAGUUUGCGAUUUCAAUUAGGAUUGGCGGAAUGCUGCCCGUGGAGUCGUGCCGCGCCGCAAAGGCGGUCAAGAAUGAUGUUCACCAGUGGAAUCAGCUGUGCAUUGAGGAGCCUUUCGAUCUCACAAACACGGCUCGAUCAGUUUACGAUGCGGAAAUUUUCAAGCGCAUUCGUGCCAUCUUUCUGACCUCGUACAAUCUACUGGAGUCCACGCACAAUCUCAUCUCCAUAUUCGAUGGCUACGAGGGACCCGUUAUAAAACACCCGGAUGAUUCCGAUAACGAUUCGGUUCAUAAGUUAAGAGGUAACGCAUCAUCCAUGUCGAACAGUGUACAGACAUCGCCCAGGCAAAUGAUGGAGAUGACAUCCGCAGCACUGUGGAAUGAUAUUCGACGCAAUGUGGAGCCUACCGUUAUGGAGGAGCCAGUGCAACUGCAUGGUGAUAAGGAUGCCAAGCAGAAUGCAAAUGCCAGCAAAUAGACAGAUUUGCAAUCAUUUUUAAAGCACAAAAAAAAGUAACAAAUGUAAAAAUCCCCACCAGCUUUAAACCUAAGCAGCUGAUGUUAGUCUCUUACUCCCGAUUAGGUAGUGUAUCACAUUUAAAUGAUAGCAGUUAGACAUUUAAAUUUUACGUUGGACACUUGCCCUUUCGAUUCCUAACAUUUCUGACAUUCCGUCCCAAGUGAUUUAAUUCAGGAGAAGCGAAUUAGUCCUUAGCAAAUGUGGUUGCAAAAAAAUAAAUCACUUAAGCAUGUUUCCCACAAUACAAUUUAAAAAAA